UACAUCUCUAGCUCUCCUACUUCUUUCAAGAAUUCAAAAAAGAAAAAUGGGUUGCUGGUCUGCUGAAAAUGCCACCAAAGCCUUUCUCAAAACCAUGAAUAUGGGAAAGAGAGCCACAGAGCCAAACGGGGCAGAGUUCAUUUCCGCGCUUGCUGCAGGAAACAAUGCACAAAUCAUGGUAGUUGCUUGUGCCAAUGUUGCAGACUCCACCACCCUUGCCCUGGUGGCUGCAGCACAACAAACCAGAGGACGAGUGGUCUGCAUCCUCCGGGGCAUAGAAGAAUUACAUCUCUCCCAAAUGGCUCUAGGCGCGAAUUCUAGUCACCUUGAGUUUGUUGUCGCGAACUCUCAGACUCUAGAGAUGCUGCUGCCAAAUUACUACAAAGAUGCUGAUUUCAUAGCUGUGGAUUGUAACAUUCAGAAUCAUGAAGAGAUUCUUGAAUCAUUGCGAAAAAACAGAAGGGAUAAAAGUACCAUUGUUUUGGGAUACAAUGCUUUUUGCAAGGAGUCAUGGAGGAGCAGCCCUUUGAGGACACAAUUGUUGCCUAUCGGAGAAGGGCUGCUACUGACCAGAAUAACUGCAAAGGCGAAAAAGGAUACUGAUCGAGGACACUGGAUUGUUAAAGUAGAUAAAUGCACGGGGGAAGAACAUGUAUACAGAGUAAAAUCUCCUCGAAGGAGAGUAGUUGAAGCCUAAAUCGCAAUAUAUUAUACCAGAUAAGCUAGUCUUUUUAGUAGAUUGGAAUUGUAAAUAGUUAUUUUAUGUAGAAUUAAACUAACAAAGAUCAAAAUAUGCAGGAGGAGAAGUUUAGAUGAACCUAAAAUGACAAUUUUUUU